AUGGUGUCUGAAGAAAUCUCACUUCCUUGCGGAGCUACUCAAUGGUGUCUUUUUAUGUGUUGUGGAUGUGGUUCAGUGGUAAUGUGUUAUGUUGUGAUAAUUUGUUGUGUUGUGUCUGAUCCACUUGGUCGAUGCACCAUGUCGGAAAUUGUUAUUACUGAAUUUCCGUAUUAUUUUGAUUUCUCAGGUAGCAACGAAGUAUUACACAAUCAUUUAUUGUUACGGUUAGGGAAUGCGGUAAAUUCUCGUGAUUCCGUCGAUUCGUUGUGUAUUUGUGUUGUGUCAGGUUGA